AUGCGCAGUUGCUUGAAGCGGACAUCUUUGUGGAUGCUGCUGCUAUUUGGGCUGCUUUCGCCUGGCCAGCCUGCCAAUCUGCUAAACAGCUAUCUGCCCGCCUCCAUGCAGGCGCUGGCCUACUACAUAGAUCUGCUCCAAUACGAGCCGUUGUCCAGCACCACAGCGGAGCCCCCAUUCAGUGCCGAUGGUCAGCCGGAGCAAAGCACCACACCACUGACUCCAGUAGCUAGCUCCAGCUCUACCUCAAGACCAACUGCUGCAAACUCUAAUCCGAGCAGACCCAGCAGCACAACACGACGACCCACAGGCAGCACCACCGGCUGGUGGCAGCCCCCAAGUUGGUGGGAAACGCCAGAGCGCACCUCUACCACAGCACGACCAACAGCAGCGCCAACUCCGCCACAUGGUCCGGCGCUCUAUGCUCCAGAUGCAGCCAAGCGCGUUUUGCCGACACCACUGGAGGGUCAGGCGCUGUUCGAUGAGAUCAACUCUGAUUCGGAUUUUGAUAGACUGCCGCUCUCGCUGAUCCGCGAUAUACAAACGGAGGCGUUGCACGAUGAUUUCACCAACGAUGUGGAAUCGUUGGAUAACUUUCUGCGCCUCUACGAUGAUAAUUAUGGACGUGCUGCUUUUGAUUUCGAGUCGGCUAUGGAUCGCUGGAGCAGCACAUCGACGGCGGGCAAGAAACGUGUACCGCCCACCAAGCCCUAUGUGGACUUCCUGCUCGUCUACGAUCUCCUCAAACGAGAUGCCAAGGCAGCGAAUCUAAGCAAAUAUGAGGGCUAUUCCGAGGAGUUGCUGCAGCAGCUGUUCGAGCUAUCCAAUGCCUCAUCCACACGACAGUUGCACACACUGUUCCAGCGUAUGCUUGACCGUGGAGAUGUACAGCGCAGCGAUGUGGUGGCCCGUGUACAGGGUAUUCUAAGGGAUUUGGGCAAUCCGAAUAGCGCCACAUCCAAGGCGCUCAUCCAUAUACCAAGCAUGCAGUUUUUGCCCUAGAUCUAGAGUGAUUUGUCCAUUUAUCGAGCACAUAAUAAAUUAUAACUCAUAAAAUAUUCAAUU